AUUGACCAGAUCAAACCAAAUUAUUCAGUUCGUUCAACGUGCAAUAUAUGCAUUUUGAUUUAGGUCUUUUAGAUUUGUACUCAAGUAUCACAACAUAACCAAUAGGGUGAAAAGAAUAUCACGCAAGAAACAUGAAAUUAGCAGCAGAAAUUACAUGGAAAAUGCAAUUCCCAUCAUUCAACUACUAGGUUGGUCAAAAUGAAACCAGCCAAGUACUCGGUCCAUAUUGUAGCAACAACCAGCUUAUUCCCCUUUCAUUCCUUUUAUAAGGCCUAAAAUUCAACUCACCUCCAUCAAAUACCAACAUUCAACACUAAUUUACCAAAAAGUUUCGGUUCCUGGUAUAGUUUACCUCAACACAAAUGGCUUCAGGCUCACUGGCAAUCUUGUUUUUCUGCACUCUUUCUCCCCUUUUAGUCCUAUCCUCUGCUCAAACAUGUUCAAGCUUCAGUUUCACAUCUAAGAGAAGCUACACGUCUUGCAUUGACCUUCCAUACCUGGAAGCUCAUCUCCACUGGAAUUACACCCCAUCAACAGGAAAGAUUUCAUUAGCAUACAGGGCUAAACAAAGUUCACAGGGGUGGAUUGCAUGGGCAAUUAACCCUUCUAGGGCAGGCAUGGUUGGAUCACAAGCACUUGUCGCUUUCCGCAACACAAAUGGCAGCAUGACAGCUUAUCCGACAUCAAUAACCAGUUACAGUCCUUCACUGCUGCCAGGCAGCCUCAACUUCCAGGUUUCAAACAUCUCCGCAGAAUAUUUAGAUAAUGAGAUGACCAUAUUUGCGGUUUUGGGGCCACUAGAAGAUGCAACUACUGUGUAUCAUGUCUGGCAAGCUGGAAGUACAGUUCUAAACAACAUUCCUCAGGGCCAUCCAUUAUCACCCCCAAAUCUCCAAUCAACUGGGACACUUAGUUUUCUAUCGAAAAAGUAGGAUUAAGCUGUGUCAUGAUGUAUGACUGCCGUCAAAUAGAGGUUGCAAGUAUCAAAGUAGUUACCCCUUUGAAGUUGUAUUAAUUUAAAGUCAUAACUAUCUGUAUCACAGUUCAUGCAAUUACUCUAUAUCUAGCCAUGAUUGAUCUGCAGUGAAUGAAUAAAACCUUCAUUGUCAAAAA